AGUACUUUGUAAUUGUAAAGUGCUCAAGUCAGCUGUGGUCAGCUGUUUUGUUUGUAGUUUUUCCCGAAUUAAUUUAUUUAAUAUUUUUUGGUCAAAAAUGAAUACAAUCGUUAGUGAAUUAAGUAUGAACGAUUUGAACAGUAAAUUUUUCGAGAUAAUACAGAACGAAAGCAACGCUGAAGACGCGGCUAACUUUAUAUUUGAAAGUGUUUGUGACGAUGUUACUUUGGGCGUACUUUUCGAGGUCCAUCAUGGAAUAAAAACUGGUCUCACGGAGCUCUUGGAAGGGGAGAAGGAGGAUGAAGAGCCGUACAAGAUAGUGAACUCGCCAGAAUGCGAUGUUUUUGGUUUUUCGAUAUUGAAGAAGACUCCCGAUUCAAACUGUUCUUGCCCUAACUGCGAGAGGCCUGUGUCGGCGACACGGUUUGCCCCUCACCUAGAAAAAUGCAUGGGUAUGGGCCGCAACAGCUCCCGCAUAGCCUCGCGUCGAAUCGCGUCCAACAGUCGAGAACCAACUUCCUAUGCAGGACUCCUCAGUGAUGAUGAGGAUGACGCAGACUGGUCCGGCGCGCCGCUGUACAGCGAGCGACGCAAACGACGGCUGAAGACCAAUAACAAGAGGCCUAGCAAAAUGCAUAACCUUUCAGGGCUAUACAAUCUACCGCCUUCCUCCUUCACUCAACUUUCCAGCGGCAAUAGGAGUAACAACGGCAACCACAACUCUGACUCCAACGAAGGUGCCACCUACGAGACGAUGACUGCCAACGAGAAAAAGAACCUUUUGCUGCAGAUAUGCGGGGUAGUGUCCGAGCAUACUAAGAAACUGUGUACACGAUCAACCCGUUGCCCCCAACACACAGAAGAGCAACGUCGCACGUUAAGGAACAGCGUUCUAGAACCUUCCACGCCAGAGUCACAAUCCAUGGGGCUCACGGCUGAAGAAGCAGGGUCACCCCCUGACUCCAGCCCUUCGUCGUCUUGUUCGUCGUCGAGUCGAAAACGCGACCGCCAUCGCGCCAUUCCCAAAAUGAAGAAUAAACGGGAAAAAUUGUCCCCCCUAAAUGGAAGGGAUUAAAUAUUAAAAAAAAUCUAUGUUCAUCCAUACUAUAUACUUACAUUAUAAAUGCGAAAGUCUGUCUGUCUGUCUGCUACAUUUCACGGCCCAACAGUUUAACCGAUUCUGACGAAAUUUGG